UGAAGGAAAUCUACAAUGAAAUGGCUUAGAUAAAAUAUCCACCACAAACUCAGAUUAUGAGAAAUCUAAAUCCCCACUCAUUUUCCCACAAGCUCUCAAAUAUCUAGCAAUGUUAAACAGGUGGCAGAAUACAACUAUAUAAAAGCUUAGACAUCAUAUGUCGGACAUUUUCUUUUACCUGGUUUCACUGGAGGAAGCUCUAAAAGAUGGCUGCUUUUGCCUCACUACCCCUAACUUCAUCUUCUUUACAUCCAGUUGUCCAAUUCUCACCUCUUGUAUUCUCCUCAAAAGUUGUAUAUGACCCAAGUUCCUAUUGCUUCACAGUCAGAUCAAUCAGAUAUGGAAACCAAAAAUUUUCCUCUCAGUCCAACCCAAGGAGUUUGAUAAUUCUUGGGGCAGCAACAAAACAAGCAAAAACACCAGCUGAAGAGGAUUGGAAGGUGAAGAGGGAACUUCUGCUGCAGAAAAGGGUAAGGAGUGUGGAUGCUAAUGAAGCUCUGCGCCUUCAAAAGGAAAACAACUUUGUGAUUCUUGAUGUCAGGCCAGAAGCAGAAUUCAAAGAGGGCCAUCCACCAGGUGCCAUUAAUGUGCAAAUCUACAGGCUUAUAAAGGAGUGGACAGCAUGGGACAUAGCCAGGAGAGCUGCAUUUGCAUUUUUUGGCAUCUUUUCGGGUACCGAAGAAAACCCAGAGUUCUUGCAAAGUGUAGAAUCUAAAAUUGAUAAAGAUGCCAAAAUAAUAGUAGCAUGCUCAUCAGGUGGAACAAUGAAACCUACCCAGAAUCUUCCAGAAGGUCAACAAUCAAGGUCACUGAUAGCAGCCUACUUGUUGGUUCUCAAUGGGUACGCCAACGUAUUUCACUUAGAAGGUGGUCUCUACAAUUGGUUCAAAGAAGGAUUGCCUGUAGUUUCAGAAGAAUAAGGUGGUCUCUACAAGAUCUUCGGAAGUAAAAUAGCUUAUCAUUUUUGGAGGGUGUCCAUUAAAGAGCAGAGCCAAGUUCUCUGGAAAUAUAUGUUUGGGUUGAGUAUUAACCAUGACUGCAUCGCCAGAUUCCAAUCUUACCAUUUGUGUGCUGAAUCAGGAUUCACUUUAAAUGUACAAUUAUAAGUUGGACAGUGUAGAAGACUAGAUUUUGUUUCAUAAUGGAAAUACCACCCACUUCCCAUCA